CAUAGUCGUGUCGAGGCGGAGCGAACCGCUGCAACUUUGGAUGAACUUCUGAUUUGAACAAACCGAGGCGGUUGGGGAAGCGCACGGAACCGUAGAUAAAGAGCUGCAGAAUUCCCUCAGGAUUUCUGCUCUUCUGUUAAACACACCAGACAUUACAGACGCGGUUUAUUUAUUCCCGUUAUUGAGCAGCGAGAGCGGCGUCCCCCCACCCCGUUUCUUCCUAAGGAGGCAGACAAGGUGGAGAUGAAUAAAAGGUUUGCCGUCAUACUUUGAGAUAUUCAAUGUGAAUUCCUGGCUGUGGUGACAAACUGAGUUGGCUCUCUGCAACACUGUUCUGAGUCGUUACGUUCCAGUUUUUCCGUUGAGGCGACCUAACUUCUCCUCUCGCAUAAAUCCAGAGCAGAUGGCUUUUUGAAGACUGCAGCUGUAAAAUACAGUCCACACAUUAGUUUCUUCAUACUGGAGGUUUUUUAAGAACCAGAUGUGAAUCUCCCUCUGCUCUUCAUUCACUGGGCAUUAUGUUGACCCAAAUCUAACCCCAUUCACAAUCCAUCUUAACCUUUCCCUCCCACCUCCUUUCCCCACAUCCUUCCCCAUUCUUUGUCAUGACUAGUCUGAAGCGCUCUCAGACGGAGCGGUCGGUUGGGGGCUCUGUGCCGGCAACUGAUGAGUUCUACACACGGCGCCUCCGACUGCCCAAUGGAGGAGCACCGCCACCUCGAAGCGAGAGUGCACAUAUCUCCUCUGCAUCAACCACUGGCACCAACCCUGGUGUCCCCAAGAUGGGGGUCAGAGCUCGUGUGGCCGACUGGCCCCCAAGGAAAGAUGGCGGUGGAGGUGGUGUUUGGCAUAUCACGGUGGAAACGGACUCGCCUAGCUCUACGAACACCACCAGCUCCUCAGGAUCAGGAAGUGGAGACAGAGAACGAAUCCUGGGCGGCGGAGGUGGCGGUGGAGGAGGAAGUGGAGGAUUGAGUGGGAGUGGUAGUGGAGAAAGAGGAGGGGGGAAUGUGUCAGCUGUCACAGCCCACAGCAAUUUGUCAGCGAAGUUAGGACACCUGAUAAGCCCACAAGACUCAUCAAUGCUGCGCAACAUCCAGAAUACACUAAAGAACAAGAUGCAUAGCAAAGGAAAGGACAAUCGCUUCCUGUCACCUGAUGGUUACCUGGGUUCUCCACGGAAAGGGAUGAGACGGAUCCGCCAGCGCAGUAACAGUGAUAUAACCAUCAGUGAACUGGAUGGAGAGGGCAAUGAGGGCUGGUCCUUCUCUGGAUGGACGCCCAUGCACCGUGAAUACGGCAGCACUUCUUCAAUAGACAAACACGGCGUGUCGGGAGAGAGCUUCUUUGACAUGCUGAAGGGAUACCAGUCCUCCGAAGCCCCUGAUCAGAGAAGCCCAGCUCCAGAAAGACUGUCAGAACUCCUUACUGUGGCUCCCAUAAAACAGGCCGCCCUGGAUCUGCCCGAUGGUCCAGCUCGUGGCAGUCCCGCGAGCCGACUGAAAGAGCGCGAAAAACACUUGAAGAGAAGGUCGAAGUCAGAGACGGGUGGAGAGUCUAUCUUCCGGAAGCUACGCAGCGUAAAGGUGGAGGGCGACACAUCGAGGGCCGGCUCAGAUGCUGAAGAUGGCGGGAAAGGGGAUGAAAGUGGCCCACCUCCUAAGCCAUGGGUGUGCCAAAAAGGCUUCGCUCAUUUUGAUAUCCAGUCUCUACUGUUUGACCUCAAUGAGGCGAUCCAAAACCGUCAAUGUGGCUCCAAACGCAAGAACACCACAACCGGUGCCUCAGCUGCUGCUGCUGCUUCAGCCUCUGCCACUUCCUCGCUUUCCUCCAAUCAGAGUGGAACCUAUGGCUCCCCUUGUGGCUCACAGGAGGAGCUGAGCAAGGAGGGGAUUGGAGGAGGACACGGUGCCAACCCCGCAUUGGACCCUGGGGAUGAUAAGAGCAAUGACUUGGUUCUCAGUUGCCCUUGUUUCAGGAAUGAGAUUGGUGGAGAGGGGGAGAGGAACAUUUCUCCUGCUAAACAGCAGGGCAGCAUUGGUAGCGGUGGGAGCUCCAGCAGUUCUUCUGGCAGUACGGAGGAAGGACCGCUGGAUGCCACUCUCACAACCCAUUUCACCAAUGCUGGAGUGGCCGUGUUGGAGGCUGCUAAAGAUGGCCCAAGUCAACAUGCUGACAGGUCCAAGAGAUACAUUGUGGAACAUGUUGACCUUGGUGCCUAUUACUACAGAAAGUAUUUCUAUCUUAGAGAGCACUGGAACUAUCUGGGGGUGGAUGAGAACUUGGGCCCAGUGGCGGUGAGCCUGAGGAGGGAGAAGCUGGAGGAACACAAAGAGCACGGCCAGCAGUAUAAUUACAGGGUCAUCUUCAGGACGAGCGAGCUUACCACUCUGCGCGGAUCCAUCCUUGAAGAUGCUGUGCCAUCGACAGCGAAGCACGGUCUUGCUCGUGGUCUUCCUCUCAAAGAAGUACUGGAAUAUCUUGUUCCUGAGCUCAAUGUGCACUGCCUGCGUCUGGCACUCAACACGCCUAAGGUCACUGAUCAGCUGAUGAAGCUGGAUGAGCAGGGGCUGAGUUUCCAGCGGAAGGUGGGGGUGAUGUACUGCAUGGCAGGCCAGAGCAGCGAAGAAGAGAUGUACAAUAACGAAGCAGCCGGUCCUGCUUUGGAAGAGUUCCUCCAUCUGUUGGGUGAGCGGGUUAGGCUCAAAGGUUUCAACAAGUAUCGAGCUCAACUGGACACAAAAACUGAUUCUACAGGCACCCACUCCUUGUAUACGACUUACAAGGACUAUGAGAUCAUGUUCCAUGUGUCAACCAUGCUGCCCUACACACCCAACAAUAAGCAACAGUUGCUGCGGAAGCGGCACAUAGGGAACGACAUCGUCACAAUUGUGUUCCAGGAGCCUGGAGCGCUUCCCUUCACUCCUAAAAACAUUCGCUCUCACUUCCAGCAUGUCUUUGUGAUUGUGCGGGCUCAUAACCCCUGCUCUGAAAACGCGUCUUACAGUGUGGCAGUCACCCGUUCCAAAGACAUGCCUUCAUUUGGCCCCCCUAUCCCAGAGGGCGUGACCUUUCCAAAGUCAUCAGUCUUCCGGGAGUUCCUGCUAGCUAAAGUGAUCAAUGCCGAAAAUGCUGCUCACAAAUCACAUAAGUUUCGUGCCAUGGCCACCCGAACGCGCCAAGAGUACCUGCGGGACCUGGCCGAGCGCCACACCACCAGCACCCCGAUUGAUCCCUCUGGAAAGUUUCCUUUCAUUUCUUUGGCUCAUAAAAAGAAAGAGAAGACCCGGCCUUACGAAGGAGCGGAGCUGCGCAGUCUCGGAGCGGUGACCUGGCCUGUUUACGCUGAGGAUCAUGGGAACGGAGGGGAAAUCGAGGCCCUGUUGGCUAUUUCCAAUGACUUCAUGAUCCUGUUGGACCAGGAGGCCAAAGCUGUGGUGUUCAACUGUGCCACUAAGGAUGUGAUUGGUUGGACUCUCAGCAGUCCUGCUUCUUUAAAGGUUUUCUAUGAGCGAGGAGAAAGUGCAUCUCUUAGAAGCAUCAGUAAUAACACAGAGGAUUUCAAAGAAGUGGUCAAACGUCUGGAGUUUCUAACUAAGGGCUGUGAGACAUCCGAGAUGACUCUUCGGCGAAACGGUCUGGGGCAGCUUGGCUUCCACGUCAACUACGAAGGCAUUGUGGCAGAGGUGGAGCCGUAUGGAUAUGCUUGGCAGGCGGGGCUCCGUCAGGGCAGCCGAUUGGUCGAAAUCUGCAAAGUCGCUGUUGCGACUCUGACCCAUGAGCAGAUGAUUGACCUCCUCAGAAAUUCAAUGACAGUGCGUGUUGUCAUCAUCCCACCACAUGAUGACGCCACUCCACGCAGGGGCUGCUCCGAGCUCUACAGAGUCCCGGUGUCUGAAUACAAAGGCAGCAGCACAGACAGCGGCUCCUUUGAGUACAAGUUCCCAUUCCGCAGCAACAACAACAAGUGGCAGAGGACGUCCAGCAGCCCUCAGCAGUCCCUGACCGCUUCACCGCAGCCCCACACCCCCAACCGAGCCAUCAGCCUGGGCAGCUCGGUGGGGAAGACCCUGUCUGCUGAGAGGCUGGAGAGAGGCGCCGCCAUUCCACGCAGCGUUAGCAGCGACGGGCGACCUCUGGACUCCAAGAGGAUGUCUCCUGGCAGUGAGAGCUACAGCCUGGCCUCCUCGCUGGCGUUGGGUCGUUCGCCUCAUAACCGCAGCUCUCCCAGCAACCUGUCUUGUUCCAGUGAGGCCUCUGGAAGCUCUGCGCACUGGAGGCAGAAGUCCAUGCCUGAGCAGUUUGCGAGCAGCCGACAUUCACCCAUGUCAUCAGAGAGACGAGAAGCGGCUGGAGAGGGCGGAUCGAGCGGGAAAUCCACCCCCAACUGGUCAAGAAUGGAGGAAGGUGGCGGUGAACGAGGGUCAACAGAGGCUCCAGCUUCCAAAUCUGGCCAGGGCUACUCUGGAGCGCCUCGCAUCCAGCGGCAGGAACAAGUCAUUCACCUCUCCCCAAAGAAGGGCAGCCAGUCAGACGGCCCGUACUCUGGCCACUCCAGCAGUAACACACUGUCCAGCACCACCUCCAGUGGGGGCCACAGCGAUGGCGACAAAUGGUACGACUUGGGAACCGGCGGCUCCAGUGGCGACCAGGGCGAGCCUGAACCCAACGGCCUGGGCGGAGGAGGCUACUUCCAGGGAGCCUCGGCCGACAGCGGCAUCGACACCGGCUCUUACGGAGCCUCGCAUCAUUCCCACCCCCACUCCCACCAUGGCAGCACCACCUCUCUGCUGGCCCCCAGUGGGAGCAGAGAGAGCAGGGAGCGCUCUUUGUCUCCGUGGCACAGUCCGACCGAGGGAGGACGUAGGAUGCUGGAGAGGUCGCCUGCUGCUGCCGAGUCUCCAGGGCUUCCGUCAGAAAGGAGCCAUGAGUCCGUGGGUCGAAGCCCACCAACUCAUCUCCUGGUUAGAGACAGCAGCACUUUCAGCCUGGGUGAUGGUGGAUCGCACUCAAGGCACUCUGGCCACAGCUCACCCAGGGAGGAGUCAUCGUCUUCAGCCACCUCUCCCUCGUCCCAGUCUUCAGUCUCUCCCGGGCCAAAGACCUUCUACCCCCGUCAGGGAGCCCAGUCCAAGUAUCUGAUUGGCUGGAGGAAGCCUGGCUCCACCAUCAACUCUGUGGAUUUUGGAGACACACGGAAGAAAUCUCCAGGUGAAAGUGGAGAUGUGGCCCCUACGCCGGCAGCGAGACCAUCACUUAGAGACAUGCACUCUCCCCAGACUCAUGCUAAAUCUACUGUGGAGGAAGAUAUUAAGAGACACCCUGCUCAUGACACUCCACCACCACCAAGAAAACACAAGGAAAAGCAUGGCCAGAAGUCUCCUCCAAGCCAGCCGCUCAGCCGUCGCCGCUCGCUGCACCGCACCCUGUCAGACGAGAGCAUCUAUCGUGGUCAGCGGCUGCCCUCGCUGAGCGACUCGGUGACUGAGCCGGCGCUCGCGACCGACGUCCUCUUCAGCUGCUCCACUCUUCCUCGCUCUCCCACAACUCGCGGCGUGCCCCUCAGGCGGCCUUCCUACAAGCUGGGAGUUAAACUUCAUGGUGAUCUUUCGGCGUCUGACACGUCAUUGGUGGAUUUGGUGGAGCGUCAUCGGGGACCCCUCCCUCAGGAGCUGAUGCCCCUCCCCUCUUCAGGUAGAGACAGUCCUCUCGAGUGGACUCACCUGGUGGAUGUGGCCAGUACCUUCGAGAAUGAGAGAAACACACACUACAUCCAGAGAAGUUAUGUGUUUGGAGAUGCAAACCACCGAACCAGUGGAGCAUCCAGUCCUCAGCAGCCACACAUAGAGCUGCAGCCUGCUCCUCUAUCACGACCUUCAUCAAGCGAGGGUCACAUAGGGCUGGAGAGAAAGGUGACUAAACUGGAGGCCAUGGUGAAGAUGCUACAGGAGGACCUGAAGAAGGAGCGGGAGGAGAAGGUGCGUCUUCAAUCUCAGAUCAAGAGGCUCUGGGAGGACAACCAGAGACUUCAGGAGGAAUCCCAAACAUCAGCUGCCAAGCUCAAAAAGUUCACAGAGUGGGUCUUCAACACUAUCGACAUGAACUGACCUCAUCUGAACCCCUCACACUCGCAUACAUCGCUCAUCUGCACACACACUGUUCGUGAAGAGGCAGUGGGAUUCACCAGACCCUUUUUACAAUCUUCAAUUGGUUUGUAAUCCCCUCUAAAUCAUGACUUUCUGUUUAAGUCAGGAGAAUGAAAUUUGUGGAACUCAUUUCUACUUGUUUGACUCCCCCGAUUUUCAUUCAGUGGCCAAACAGAUCUCCUCCCCCUGUUCCUCAGUCUCAAGAUGUUGACUUUCACACUUAUUCCAGUGGCCAAAAUGGAGAAUCCGCUAACAUCACCAAUUUUCUCAUUUCCCUGCUCCCUCUUCUUCUAAAACAUUCCUCAGCUGCUCUGACAAAGCAAACACUGUUUGCACCAAAUCGAAGACGCCUCAGACACCCCGUCUUAAAAGAAAACCACUGAAACGCCACACAAGUAUGUAUAUAGCAGGUCUGCUGCUGCAGCAAACAAACACACAUUACAGAUCUGAAGCCACAGCAGAGGAGAAGGAGGUUUUAAUCUCACGUUAAAGGAUUCCAUUUUAAAUAUUUUUAGCGUCUAAAAUCACUGGACGUCCAGCUUCAGACAUGUUUAUUUUCCAUUUUACUCCUCCUUCAUUCAGAUCUUUUUUUGUAUACACCCACACCUGAAAGAGGAGUGUAUUAAAAGCCAUUGGCAAGCAGUGCCAUAGACCAAGACUGAUCCUGUGUUAAUUGGUCCAUCUCAGCUCUACGUGUCUUAAAAGCAAUAGGAAGAGGUCCGGACUCCUGGAGGUAUUUGAAAAGAAGCUGGAUAAACAGAACACCUGUUAUGGAAAAGGGCAUUUUUGCAAGAAUUCAAAUCUCAGCUGCAAAAAAAGCCUUCAUCAUUUUCCUCUGAGAAACGAGAAAAUAAGGACUCAUCCUCCCACUGCCUGAAAAUAGAGAGCCGGCGGAUUAUAAAUAACGGAGACAAUUCCGAGCUGGAACGUUUGGAGUCUUUUUAAUCCCAGGUUAAUUUAUUUCCUUGUAUUAUAAUUCCCAUAAAUGAGUUGUUCUAUUCAUACAGUACAACUGACAUCAGUGUUUAGUUCUUCAAGACUAACGGUCAAUAGUUAUAUUAUUUAAAUGGCUUUCUUUCCUAAUUCUACCUAAAGCCUGACUAUAUGCUUUUUAUUCUGUAUUAUGUUGUGUUUUGUGGUGCCCAAGCCUGCUGUUGUGUUGCUUACAGUGCCCUCUAGUGGUGACCAGUGAAAAAUGUCAUGAUUUGUAAAUGUGCUGCUUAUCACUUGUAUUUUAUUUUAUUUUUUUCCAAAUGCUCUUUGAUUCAAGGCCACAAAAACUCUUAGAACAGGAAUAAGAACGAGAAGAAUAAGCAGCCAGCAUUUAGAGACAAUCAGAGGUAGAUUUUUAUAAAAAAAACAAACAAACAAAAAAAGGAGCAGACUUAGUGUGGAUGUCUGUGUGCGUGGAGGUUUAUUUGUGCAUUACAUCUACAGUUUUCCUCAGGUUUAAGGGGACAAAAUGUUGUUGGGAAGUAAAUUUGCACAUGUUUAAGAAGUACAUAACUUUUAAGGAUUUGAAAUGUGUUGCCAUAGUGGGAAUGUCCAUAAGUCUUACCCAGCCGUGCCUACAACACACACUCACUACUUUGUGGUCAUUUAUUAUCAGGCAGAGCAGGGAUGUGCCUUUGAAACAGCACUGGGGAGCAGAUAAAGAAGGGAAAGCCUCUUGAUCUUCAUCUGGAUACAGUAACACACUUUUUGUUUUGUUUCAAACCACCUUCACAAUUUUUGUAGUUUGCUGUUGUGAGGAGUUAAAUGUGUCUGGUGACUGAAAGCAAUCAGGUCAGUAACGUGAGACGGCUAGCCUUCACACAAGAGUGUUUGGAUAUGUGUGCCUUUUAUUUGUGAGAAAAUUUGACCUAAAGGACCUUGAAAAGCAAAGCUUAGAAGCCACAAAGCCAGUUAAUAGAGAGAACUCAAUAGUUUACCCACUCCUGUUAAAAUGGGUGAUUUUUGUGAGACGGAGAUCAUUUCCAAAAGUGUCCCUUCCAUGUAAUUCAACUAAAAAAACAAAAUGAUUAGGAUGGCUGCCAUUAGUGAGAAUUCCCAUAUACUAAUAAAUUGUUUAAACUGAAUUUCAGCAUUUGGUCUUUUUAGCAGGAUCCUCAUUACAAAAGUUCUCCAUAUCUAUCAGAGAGUGACUAUAUCUCCUGUUCACAUUCAUAAGGCAACAGUUGGAAGCCCUUUUUGAUGUUUUAGACCAAAAAGGGCUUCCACUGAUAUACAAGUUUCAUCAAAGUGUAGUUUAUUGUAAAACUAUAAUAAGGGAAAAAACUGACAAACCUUUGCAUUUUCUAUUUAAAUUUUGUGUCCUGCCAGUAGGUACAUUUAGCCACUUUUGACUCCACUGUGUUUAAAUCUAUGCCAGCCUUUCAAGAAACCAUUUGAGAACAGAAAUGUUAUUCACACUUAAUCUGAGUCUCUGUGAUCGAUGGCAGGGUGACCUCAAGAAGACCGAAUGCUGAAACUAAAUCAAAACAUAGUUCAACAAAUUAUUGGUCCGGUUGUUUGCACACUUAAGCAACAAGGUAGUAGCAGUUUUUUUUUAUUUAGAUCAUUUCUUCCUCUUAAGGAGUUAUGAAAUACAUCACAAGAAGCCGACAUUUUAACAGGUGUGUUUACUUUUAAGAGCUGCUGUUUUUUCCAUGCAGGUGUGUUCUGGAAACGCUUUACUCUUUCAAAUAGUUAGUUAUCAUCCCCCGUUCUUAUAAAUGCUGAGUGCAUUGAUAUGUAUAAUUGUUGAGGUGAACACCUCACAUUUCCAGAAACGUGAAUGUAGAGUGAAAUGAGUUUAAAGAAUUGUAAUGUUUUAUUAUUAUAGGCAAAAUAUUCGUUCAGCUCUGUUGUUUUGCAGAGAGAAGCCAGCAGAGUGGACUCUCUCUGCAGGAGUCUCGGUUCUGUUUUAAGAAUCUCUAGUUACACCAGUAGAUAAUUACAGUUUCAUCUGAUUUUAACAGUUUCACAAGCAUCUGUAGAAAUCGGCCCAGAGGAUGUUAUUGAUCCACUAAGUCUUGUUUUCUGCUGAAUUCAAGCAAAUGUUUAGUAACUAAUUAAGUUUCUGUACAUGGGAAGAACUGUGGUUUUUGUUUCUGCAAUGAAGAAUGACAAAAUAUAUCGUGCAAAGUGUAUCUUAUACAAAAACUCUUUCUGUAAACCAGUAAUGUUUCUUUUUUAAUCUGUAAAUGUUGUAUUAAGUUCCAGUUUACUCAUAAAUUCUCUGUUUUGUUUUGCUUUCAGGAAGGAUGUUUGAAAUGUGAAUGUAAAGAUGUUUAGAAGGUCCAUUUUGUUUUGGAAAUCCUUUGCACACUGUUCACGCAUUUUGGAUAUAAUAAGGGUUAAUUUACAUUCCAGUGCAGUUUUUUUUUUUUUUGUCCAGAUGUUUUUGUGCGGCUGCCGUUCAACAAUGGAGGAUGCUUAAUUUUAUUCCCCCUCAUAAAACAGAAAACCUGCUUUUCCUUAAUGCACCACUGACCAGGUGGGGAAAGGAAAGACCAGACGGGAUGUUGCACGUUUCAACGGGAUGCUCGUCACGCACAGCUUGCGAGGUCGGCGACUGCAGCAGGAGAGGGAGGAUCGUCAGGCUGCGCUGCUGUGUCGUGACGCGCUGCGUUCGCUCCUCUUCCAGGAACAAACUCAGAAAAUAAAGCACACAGCAUGAAGAGAGGACCAGAAGUUUUACACGAUUGAACAAUACUGUUUACAUCCCAGAUUCACUGUCUUUGUAAGAUGUAAAAAAAAAUAAAUAAAUAAAAAAAUAGAAGUAUGACCAAGACAUUUACAGUGAUCACAGUAUUAAAGUUUCUGAAAUAAAUAGAUGCUCUAUCA